AUGUCUGUGUUUCACACCUUCUUUGUGGACGAUCGUCCAGUCAAACGGAUUGAGUUCCUAAACACCCGAGAGCAGGAUCCAGAGAAUCUGUACUUGGCUGCUGUGGAGCUCAAAGAAAGAAACAGAAAGGGAGAAACACUGGAAGAUGAAGCGAAGACCCUUGGCCAGCAGAUCCUCCGGCAGCCUGUCAGCAGCUACAGUGGUCUGAAGCCUCUCCUGAGACUGCACAGGCAGCAGGGCUCGCUGAAUGAGGCCAUCGAUCUGGCAGAUAAGGCCUUGCAGCAACAUCCCAACGAGCGCUACCUGAAGAGAUGCGCCGCACUCUGCUACAAAUGGAAAGUCCUCGGGUUCUGGGGUGAUCAAGCAGACCAACGUACAAUUCAGAGAGCCAUUCAGCUGCUUAAGGAGGUGAUCAAUCUCUACCCAGACACGUCCUUUGCCAAGGAGAUUGACCUUGCAAAUGUUCAGGCUAAGUCAACUCAGGGCCGCACCAUAGCAGAUCAGAUGUACCAAGACCUGCUGGAAAAGAGAGACCUGGAUUCUGGAGACAAACAGCUGCUCUACUACAGCUACGCCAGAUACCUCUACUUUAAAUGUCAAGACAGUAACAAGUCCAUUCGGUACCUCAUGAUGUCAGCAGAGAUUCAGCCAAGGGAUUUCUAUGGGGAAAAAAGUGUCAAAGAACUCCAGAAAAUACGUGACAGAGGAAGAAACCAGAUGUGCAGAGAAAUCAGGGAGUUUCUUGAGAAACUGCCAUAACGAUUCUAAUUGAGGUUUUACCUGCAUAGGCUUCAUAACUAAACCUCUGAAUAUGCUUUACCUUUUCAUUUAUGUGGGCAAAUAGAUGUAUUUCCUUCUUUUAUCAGCUGCUGGUUGAGAUGUAGAAAUGUUUCUCAUUGAACAUGUGUAAAA